AGUUACUACUUAUUCCAUGCUUAUUCUUUGUUUGACAUUCAGUAUUAAACAAGUAGGCCUAGUCCUAACCUGUUAAUCGUUUGAAAUUUAAUGGUGAAUAAGACCAAACUUACCGCCAGAACUGUAGGGUCCAAUGUCCACCCUGCUCCCACGUCCGUGUUGUGGACGUUGGACCCCAUACCACAGUUCUGGGGUAGGCCAAACUAACAGUAGGCCAAGGAGGAGUGCUCAGGAUGCACGCCCCUAACAAAGCCCUUGCUGGCAGUCUGGUUGCAACAGCAAUGAUGGAUCCUGUUUGCUUCUCUCUUUCAAAACUGUCAUAAAUAACCGUGAAAUAGAAAAUAAUGAUUCAUGAACGAAUUGGCUGAUGGCAGUGAAGGUGGAAUGGGCAAAUCGUGAAAAAGAACAACUCGGCCUAGGCCCUACCUCCAUUGAAACAGCAAAAUACCCUUUAGAAGUUGUACCAGAGAAAUCUACAUGAACUCUAGACACCAUGCCUGGCCAGAUGAGGUGCCACUAUGAGGUGCUGGGCGUCGAGAUGGAUGCUGGCGAUGCCGAGCUGAAGAAAGCCUACCGGAGGCUUGCCCUGAAAUGGCACCCGGACAAGAACCCUGACAAUAUCACCGAGUGCACAGAGAAGUUUGCUGUCAUCCAGAAGGCCUACGACGUACUGACUGACCCCCAAGAGAGGGCGUGGUAUGAUAAGCACAGGGAAGCCAUAUUGAAAGGCUAUGGGGAUGAUUAUGAAGGAGGCUCCGUCAAUCUUAUGCAGUACUUCACGGCCUCCGCUUACUCAGGUUUUGGAGACGACGCCAAGGGUUUCUACACAGUGUACAAUGAGGCAUUCUGCAAAGUAGCCGCAGAGGAUUUGCAGUUUAUGACAGGUGAUAAGGGCGAGGAGUUUGAGAUCCCGCAGUUUGGCACCUCGGAUAGCCCCUACGAGCAAGUUGUGCACCCCUUCUACGCUUACUGGCAGAGCUAUAGCACGUCUCGGUCCUUUGUGUGGAAGGAGACAUAUGACACCAGGGAGGCACCCAAUCGAAGGGUGGCCCGUCUGAUGGAGAAGGAGAACAAGAAGUUGAGGGAUGUUGCCAAGAAGGAGUGGAAUGAGGAAGUCAGGGCACUGGUGUCAUUUGUUCGUAAAAGAGACAAAAGGGUCCAAGCCUACAGGAAACGGUUGGAGGAAAAGAAUGCUGAGCGAGCACGGCUAGAUGCAGAGAAGAGGAAACAAGAAAGGAUAGAAAGAGAGAAGCAAUUCCAAGAGUACGCCAAGCAAGGAGCAGAAGUCCGUGCCGAGAUGGAGGCAUCUCUGAGGGAGGUGGAGGCGGCCCUUCAGGAGGAGUUUGGAGAUGACUCAGGCAGCAGUGGAAGCCAUUCCGUAGAGAACUGCCAGGAAGAAGACGUUUUGGAUGAUCUUUUUUGUAUAGCAUGCAACAAAGACUUCAAGAGUGAAAAAGCAUUCUCCAAUCAUCAGAACUCCAAGAAGCACAGGGAUAACGUGGCCUUCCUGAAGGAGCAGAUGGAGGAUGAGGAAGGGGAGAUGAUGGACGGGAAGCAGGAGCACAGCUCCCAGGAGGAUGGAGCUGUGGAUGAUGCAGAUCAUGAAGGUUUAAAUCAGGACAGUGAUAAUGAGGAAGCUGAUGGGGCAAAGGAGCCUACCGAGCUAGAGAAAAACAAGUUAUCAAAGAAGCAGAAGAAAAAAAGAAAACAGCAGCGAGUAAGUCAAUGGUCAGAGCCAAUCCAUUACGCCUUCCAUAACAACAUUCUUGAAGAUUUGCCCUCCCACAUCGCUGACCGCCUCAAGAUGACACCCCCAAGUGGAAGUCCACAAGCUGAAGUAGAAUCAGACAAAACGAGGGAUGAGAAUGGGGAAACGCGAAGAGCAGUUGACAAGGGGGCAGGAGAGGGGGAUCCCUGCGAGAGACUGAACGGCAUCAUGGAAGAUGCUGAGGAGACAGAGAAGCCAGCUGUGAAACUGAAGGGGAAGAAAGCCAAGGAAGCGAGGAGGGCUGCAAGGGAAAAGGCAGCAAGCGAGGAGCAGCAAAGGGUCUCAUCAGCAAGUGAUGCACCUCUGUUGUGUAAUGUCUGUCGGAACGAGUUCCCAACCAGAAACAAGCUGUUUAACCACAUCAAAUCUUCUGGUCAUGCACUACAUGUACCGAGCACUGAUGGAACUGUAGACGACAGUGAAAAAAAUAGCAGUAAAAGCAAGAAGAAAGGAAGGAAAAAAUGAAACCCUCAUGUUGGUUUAACUCAGGAACUGAUGUCAGUGACUUAAAACAAAGGCAGGUUCAUUGGCUGUUGUGAGUAGCAACACCACACUCCAGUCUGAUGACUACUUUCAUCAUACAGAUAUAGAACGCAGGAAAGAUUGUUGACAGUUGUAAUAAAUUGAUAUGAAGACAACGGUGUGUCAGAAAGUUCCUCAUUACAUUACACUGCAUUAACAAUUCUAGCAUUUAAACCAAUAUGCCAGAUGGAUGUGAUGGUAUUUGAUGGAUAAGGGAUUGUAAAGACAUCAGGGAAUCCCAGCACUAUUUAAGGUAUAAAAAUAAGCAGUGUAAGCCUCGGAAAAGUUGAUUGCAACAAUAUAUUUAUUGACUGUUAUCGCAACAGUUAAAUACCAAGUAUUUUACAUUUGUUGAAAACUUGGCACAUAUAUCAAGGAGUGCACAUAUAUCUUUGGGCAUUUGAAUUGUAUGACAACUUACAUCAAAUUAUUCCAAAAAAUGAAAGGUGAUAUACUUGUAUCAUUUUAAGAAUAAAAUAUCACUAAGAUAUUUCAUGAAUAGAA